UCAGAGUUGGAGUUGCGCCAGGCCUCCUUGGAUCCUUAAAAACGCAUUUCAAAACGCGUUUUGAAAGCCUCCUGAUCGAUUAAAUCAGCGCAUUUUUCAGCAGAGUGUAUUGUGAGGUCGCAGGUCGAGAGGAUGACAGCUCGGGUGUGCUGCUCGUUGAUUGCUGCCUUAUUGUGUCUCUCUGUUUGUUUGAGCACAACAGAUGCUGAAGGAGCAGCCACAGUAAAUGGAUCUAUUCAUUUGGCUGCAGGGUUGUUACCAGCAGCAAAGCCAGGAGUGUGUCCUAGAAAGAAUCUUGAAGUAGCAGUGUCAGGAGUGUGUGCUGAGAUGUGUUCCCAUGACCGUGACUGUCCAAACAACCAGAAGUGCUGUAGCAAUGGAUGUGGACAUCAGUGUAUGGCUCCAUAUAAAGAAAAGCCAGGAGUGUGUCCAAGGAGAUUCAUUGGAGUAGGUUUGUGUAAAACGUUGUGUGUCAGUGACAUUGACUGUCCGAAAGAUGAAAAAUGCUGCAGCACUAAAUGUGGACGUGAAUGUACACCUCCAUUUAUAGCAGAACCAGAAAAGCCAGGAGUGUGUCCAAGCAGAAGCCUCCGAAUAGGAGUGUGUGCUGAGAUGUGCUCCCAUGACCGUGACUGUCCAAACAACCAGAAGUGCUGCAGCAAUGGAUGUGGACAUCAGUGUAUGGCUCCAUAUAGAGAAAAACCAGGAGUGUGUCCAAAAAUCAAUCUUGAAGAUGACAUGAUAGGAGUGUGUGCUGAGUUGUGUUCCCAAGAUGGUCAUUGUCCGAAUGAUGAGAAAUGCUGCAGCAAUGGAUGUGGACAUCAGUGUAUGGCUGUAUCUAAAGAAAAACCUGGAGUGUGUCCAAAAAUCAAUCUUGAAGAUGACAUGAUAGGAGAUUGUGCUGAGAUGUGUUCCCAAGACGGUCACUGUCCAGAUGAUGAGAAAUGCUGCAGCAAUGGAUGUGGACAUCAGUGUAUGUCUCCAUAUAAAGAAAAGCCAGGAGUGUGUCCAAUCAGUAACAUAGGAGCGUGUGUUGAGUUGUGUUCCCAAGACGGUAACUGUCCAAAAGAUGAGAAAUGCUGCAGCAAUGGAUGUGGACAUCAGUGUAUGCCUCCAUAUAAAGAAAAGCCAGGAGUGUGUCCAAGCAGUAACAUAGGAGCGUGUGUUGAGUUGUGUUCCCAAGACAGUAACUGUCCAAAUGAUGAGAAAUGCUGCAGCAAUGGAUGUGGACAUCAGUGUACGGCUGUAUCUAAAGAAAAGCCAGGAGUGUGUCCAAAACCCAAUCCUGAAGAUGAUAUGAUGGGACCGUGUAUUGCGUUCUGUUCCCAAGAUGGUAACUGUCUGAAUGAUGAGAAAUGCUGCAGCAAGAGAUGUGGACUUUAUUGUAUGUCUCCAUAUAAAGAAAAGCCAGGAGUGUGUCCAAACAGUAAGUUUGGAAUAGGAGUGUGUGCUGAUAUGUGUUCCCAAGAUGGUGAGUGUCCGAAUGAUGAGAAAUGCUGCAGCAAUGGAUGUGGACAUCAGUGUACGGCUGUAUCUAAAGAAAAGCCAGGAGUGUGUCCAAACAGUAAGUUUGGAAUAGGAGUGUGUGCUGAUAUGUGUUCCCAAGAUGGUGAGUGUCCAAAUGAUGAGAAGUGCUGCAGCAAUGGAUGUAGCCAUCAGUGUAUGGCUGUAUCUAAAGUAAAGCCAGGAGUGUGUCCAAAGAGAUUCCCUGGAGUAGGAUUGUGUAAAGGGUUGUGUGUCAAUGACAUUGACUGUCCAAAAGAUGAAAAAUGCUGCAGCACUAAAUGUGGACGUGAAUGUACACCUCCAUUUAAAGUGAUGCCUGAUCUAUGUCUCAAACCAAAUGUGUGCUGAUAACUCUUCCCAUGAUGAUCAGUAUGCUGCCAGACAGAAGUGUUGCCCAACCACCUGUGCAUGCAGCUAACCAUGCCAGUUUAACCAUCGGGAAAAAUUUCUUUUUUUUUUUUUUUUUUUUCCU